GAAGGAAACCAUAAAUAUUGCUGUUAAUUCUGCACGUGGUGAAAUUAAUAAACCUUGGCUCAUAAUUUUCGGUUUUGGAUAUCCUAUUAAUUCAUUAUUGUGAUAACCACCAGGUGACAAAUUAUCCAAAACCCUGGAUUACUCAAGGUUUAGCCUCUAUUGUAGUUUAGACUUAUUAGUUUUCUUGAAAUAUGCCAGGGCCUACUAAAAGACGAAAGUACCACCAAGGGAUCACGACUGAAAAGAAGAAAUACAGAACCAAGCGGAGGACCAGGGACAUUGAUCUUAUUUGUGAGGAUUUGGAUCAUCCAGAAAAGUUUGAAAAGAAACCCAUCGACUUUGAUCUACCCGGAGGAGGUCAAUUCUACUGUCUUCAUUGCGCGAAGCACUACAUCAGCCAACACGCCCUCGAGGAACACCGGCGAGGGAAGGUGCACAAGAAGAGGGUGAAGGAGACGGAGGAGGUGCCCUAUUCAGUGGAGGAGUCCGAACGAGCCGGGGGACUGGGCUCAUACCUCCCACCGCCUGCAAAGAGGUCCAAACCGAACCCAACAUUGAUUGAGGACGACAUCAAGAUCGCAGACGACUAAUUUCUAAUCACAAAAUUUACCGUAAUUAUAUCAUUUCAAUAUUUGGCAAGUUAUUUCCUUAUAAAAGAAUCAAGGUAUUUUGUAUGCGUAAGCUCAUGUCUUAUAUAUUACUUAUGUGUUGCAGAUAUUCACAGUUAUAGAAAUAAAUAAGCCUAUCUUUAAAUAAA